GUUGUUAAACUGUGAACUGCAGCCUUGCGCGUUUUGACAGAAUGAAAUGAAGAAAACCCCAUCAAACUCAUAAUUAUUCGUUGGAUAUUUAGUUUUUUGUGUACGGAACUAAUGUAAAAUAACAUUAUCUAGUAAUAUUUCUUGUUUUUAUGAUAUUUUAUGGACGCAAUAUGCUUUAACCCGGAAUCCCUAUCGGAACAACUACCCACUUUUGUAGUCCACCUAAAUGGCCGUACACUCGUCUUUUGACGAUUUUGUUUUACUAUGGCAGACUCGUGACGUCCACCAUCCCAGCAAAAAGUAGCGAACGGUCCUUGCGCAGAGAAUCCUCGCGGCCACAAUUUUGAAAUUAUUUGCGUUGAAAAUUUAAAUUUCUACGAUAACUUUAUUGCCUACUAUUAAACACAUCUUUAUUUAUGUCAUUAUGCCAAAAUACAUGUUCAGAUAUCAUAAAACACUAACAUGUGUCAAUUGUUUAUGAAGUAUCCUGAUAUCUGUAAAUCUGGGACAAAUCUGACUGGCUGUGUACAUGUUUAACGGUAUUCGUGACCAAGAAUAUAUUUCUGUGAAAAUAACGACGCUUAUGACAAAUUAAAUCCAGAUUAGAUCAUUGUCGGGUCCAUUAGAGGAGAGUGGAUUAUCAAUAAGAGUUUGACAUGGAGUUAGUAAGGAAAAGCGUGUUUGGAGGAUACAAUUUAUUAUCUAAAACAUUAAUUGGUCGUAGCGGAAGGGCUUUGACCACAGGACGACCAAAGCUCGAAGGCAUUCUUGUUGCUCCGUUCACUCCUUUUGACAAUACUGGAUGCGUGGCAUAUGACAAAUUUGACAGCAGUAUGCGCUAUUAUCACGACGCGGGGUUCGACGGACUGUUCGUCAAUGGAACGCUUGCAGAAGGGAUGAGUUUAUCAUCUGAAGAGAGGAUGAAGACUGCUGAAAAGUGGAUGCGACUUGCUGAAGGGUUACCUGUCAUUCUUCAUAUCGGUACCGGAAAUUUAAAAGAAACGCAAGAUCUUGCGCGUCAUGCUGAAAGUCUCGGAGUUGACGGUAUCUCCGCACUACCUCCUACCUACCAUAAGCCGCCGUCAGAAGAGCUCCUGGCUGACUAUCUGGCCGAGGUGGCAGCAGCUGCACCUAACACACCAUUUCUCUACUAUGAAUAUGACGUCGCCUCAGGCGUAUACAUGAAUAUCUCAAAGCUGUUGAACAUGGUAGAAGAUAGAAUUCCAACGUUUUACGGCUUAAAGCACACCACAGCUGACCUUAACUCAGCGCUCAACUGCACUCUGGCCUGCAACAGAAAAUAUAAAAUAUUUUAUGGAACUGAAACGCUGUUCUUACCAUCCCUCAGUCUUGGCAUCCCUGAUUGCAUCACUUCGGCGUACAUGGGCCAGUUCUUCCGCGAUGUAAAAUAUUCCGUCGCCAAGGGUGAUUUAAAAUCCGCCCAAGCUGCACAGGUGAAAGCCCUGCAGUUAAAAAACAUUCAAAAUAAAUAUGGCGGAGACAUCACUAGUGCCAAGGCGAUGUUUGAACUGAUAUCCGGUGUCAAGGUCGGAGGUCCUAGGUUACCGUUGCCAACCAUGGAGUCACGUGACAUGCAGCUGAUGAAAGCAGACCUUGUUGCUGGCGGAUUUAUUAAGGAAAGCACUGUGAAAGGAAUGUGAAAACUAUUUAGUUAAACAUUUGUUCCAGAAAAACUUUUGUUAUCAUGGGCAAUGGAUCAAGUUGAUAAAAUGAACACGAAUUCAGACAAACUGCCGUGUAUAAAGCCUUAUACCAGAACAUGCUUUUUAAUGUUGCAUUCUAUAAAAUGUGAGGGCAAGAAAAUGAAGGGAAUAUGUGAGGAAUGUGUGAGGAAGAUAAAAGGAAAUCAACUAAAUAAUUACAAUCAAUGACGGUCACAUAUGUUAAUCAAGAAAAUAAUUUGUUUCUCGAUAUAUAUUAUGUUGAAAUGAAGUAUACCAUUUAAGCUUUUGAUUAAGUAUUGAGUUCAUUGAAAUAUUACACAAUAAAGAAUGAUGUUUUGAUUAAGUAUUAAGUAUAAAUUGUGGUAUUAAUUGAAGUAUUAGAUAAUAAACAAAAUAUCAAUUUGAUUAAAUAUUGCUUCAUUAGUAUAUAAAUGUACUUUAAAUAUAUGUACUAAAUGCUUCAACGUAUUUUGCUGAGUAUUUGAAUCUCGUGUGGUGUUUGAUAAUUGAUGCUUUAUGCACCAUAAAGAUAUAUCUGCCAUGGAUUUUUGGUAAUAAAACGUUUAACUUAAA